AUGGAAACUCCGUUUGAACGGUCAUUGCCAGUUUCGCCUGAAGAGGCACAGAAAACGGGGUCUUUCACGACAUUACCUAUUAGGAGACAUCAACGCAAUGACCUGGCAGAUGCAGCAUCGUACCGUUUUAUCAAAGACUGGGCCACUCAUGUUGGCGAUGGCAGAGAAAAAAAGACUCAUUUCUCUUUUUCUCCCGUCGGCAAUUGGUCCGCUCUGAUUUAUCCAGAGGCAAUCCCAGAAAGAUUGGGCAUUUUGACCUAUCUUUCUGAUUUGGGUUUGAUUCAUGACGAUGCUGGCGAAGAGCUGAGCGUAGAGGAAGCCCAGGUUGAACACGAUGAUCUUCAUGCAGCGCUGGAUCCCAAUGACAGACGUGAACUCGCAGCCAGUUCAAAAGCCAUGAAAAUGAAGAAACUUGUUUCGCAAUGCAUGUUAGAGUGCAUCACCCUGGACCGCGAAUUGGGGUUGCAAAUGCUGGCGGCAUUUCGCGAUCUCUGGCUCGCAAUCAGCGAGAAAGAUAGCGACAAAGAGGCACAAACCUUGGAAGAAUACUUCCAACAACGCCGUGACAAUGGCGGGAUGCUAGUAUUUUGGCCUAUGCUCCAGUUCAGUAUGGCGCUGCACAUGUCAAAAGAUGAUCACGUUCUUGUAAAGCCAGCUAUUGACGCUGCUACGGAAGGCCUUUUAUUGGCCAAUGACUGGUUUAGCUGGGAACGGGAAGUUCGGGAGCUACAAUCUGGAAAGUCUCAAAGAAUAGUCAGUGCAGUGGAACUCCUAAUCCGGACCAAAGGACUUUCGACAGAACAAGCAAAAGAUGCAGUCAAGGACAUGAUCAUCACCGCGGAGCGUAACUACUGCCUGCGAAGGGAUGAACUUUACCGAACACAUCCGGGCAUCUCUACUCACAUAAAGAAGUGGAUCGAUUGCGCGGGUUUGGCCGUCUCCGGAAACCACUUCUGGUGUUCAGCUUGUCCAAGACAAAACGCAUGGCGAAGCGAACAUCUCGAAGAUCAUGGAAAAAAGUCCGAGCGAGCAGUUAUCAACAAUAAAAGGCUCUGUGUCACCCCGGAGCCUGAAGCAUCCAACAAGAGGACGAGGAAGGACUCAGGUGCCUCAGAGCCUUCAGCUGUGAUGCCGGAACCGAAGACACCAUUUACACCGGUUUCACCAUCCACUAAGCUUGCGAUGGAGGUUGAUCACUCCAGUCCUUCCCAUCGCGUGUGCCAGUAUCCGGCUUACAAGCCAUCGAGCCUAGCUAUAAAAGCACCGUCGACAUAUAUUUCAAGCAUGCCGUCGAAGGGGGUGCGCAGCACGCUCAUCGAGGCUCUCAACACUUGGCUCCAUGUUCCGCCUGGGCCUCUCAAAACCAUCAUGUCUGUGGUUAAUAACCUCCAUAAUGCUUCACUUAUUCUCGAUGACAUUGAAGACAACUCUCCCUUGCGAAGGGGCAAGCCAGCCGCACAUGCUAUAUUUGGCCAAGCCCAGGCAAUCAACAGUGCAAACUUCAUGUUUGUUCAAGCAACCCAAGAUGCAGCGAAGAAAUUUAGCGCGGAAGGGUUGACGGCUUUGCUAGAAGAGCUUGAAGGGCUCUACCUUGGCCAAUCAUGGGACCUCUACUACAAGUACAACCUCAUUUGCCCAACAGAAGUCGAGUAUAUCAACAUGGUCGAUCACAAGACUGGUGGUAUGUUUAAGAUGCUUCUCCGGCUGAUGCAGGCCGAGAGCGCGCUGGUAGACACGUCGGUUCUCCCGAGCUUUGAGAAGUUGACCCUUUUGUUUGGGCGUUUCUUUCAAAUCCGGGACGACUACAUGAAUUUCGGAGACUAUGCUGCAAGCAAGGGCUUCUGCGAAGAUUUGGAUGAAGGCAAGUUCUCCUUUCCGAUUGUCUAUUGCUUGGAGAACCAUCCGGAAUACCGCGGCCAUAUUCUUGGAAUUUUCCGGCAGCGUCCUACUGCGGCCACAAACGUCCCUUGUUCGCUGUCCAAGGAAAGCAAACAGCAUUUGAUGGAAUGUUUGAAAAAGAGUGAGGCAUUCAGUGAGACGCUCGAAUGUCUGAUGGAUAUGGAACGAGAGCUUGAAUCGGAGAUAGAAAGGUUGGAGCAUCAGACUGGAGAGACAAAUCCGCUUCUGCGGCUUUGCCUUGCCCGUUUGAGCAUGAAAGGAACAGUGGAGAUACGGUAGAUAGAACGUAUUUCAUUAGUGG